AUGCAACAACAUGUCCAGUGUCCACGCUAUACAGAUCGUAAGCAAUUGCUCGACCUGGACUUUGCUAUCGCCAUGAUCCACGGCCGCGACCACGAGAAUCCCGAAAACCCUUGUGCCGCUCAUCCCGAACAGUUCGGGCCUCUUGCAACCGAAAUAAAAACUCGGGGGCUAGUUUUCGAAAUUGGAUGGGAGUUGCAUUAUCUUGAAACAGUGGAGUUUGCGAGGGAAGUAAUCGGCCAGUCACUUCUGGGCCAUAUCACCGAGGCCAGAUUUCAUGGCGGUUGUCCCGGAGGUGCUGGGGCUGAAACCUGGCAAUCAGACAGUCGAAACAUCGGAGGGUUCUUCUACAGUCUGGGAGGGCAUGUAGUAGAGACUGUGGUGGAUUUGUUUGGUCUGCCAAAGCAAGUGGUCUCUUCUAUACGCAAGAUACCGCAACAAAAGCCUCACGUGGGAUUUUCUUGGGUUCCGGGACUUUUUGCAGAAGAGCAACUCAAUCCCGUGGUGGAAAUUGGAACUCUCACUCACGAAGAUAUCGCUUCGGCUAUUCUGGAGUACGAUACGAUAAACAUACACCUGGAUUUCACGGCUUGGGAGUCGACUGGAUACCUAGUCGACUGGACUAUGGAUUUGUACGGAAUUCAAGGUUCCUUGCACUUGAACUUUGAUGUACCUGGGGGUCAUCUGAUACUGAAGGAUGCGAAAAGCGGUUGGGAUGAAGGCCGCAAUCCAUUAUUCCCCGAGACAGUUCAUCAGAAGGAUGACAUGCUCAAGGCUGCGUUUUCGAAGCAAAUGAAUUGCUUCUUCGACCGUGUCGAGGAUCCUAAUUGCGAGGUAGUGAGGUGCGAUGAAAAGAUUGCUCAGGAAUUGCUGCUGCUUUUUCAGGCGUUGUAUGAGUCUGCAAGCACCAGAUCAUGGAUUACAGUGAACAAAUGA